AUGGAGCCAUCCCUUUUGUUAACAAAUCUCAUAUCACUUCAAGCAGAGAUAAUUUCCAACUGUGUAAUAGCCCUUGUGUCACCCUUUAUCUCUUUGAUAUCCCUGAUUCAUGACUCCUUCCACCGGGCGAAGGAGGAGAAAGAAACAGUCGAAUCUGCCGUGCAAGCGGCUGCCGGAGUCCCAUCCAUCGUCGGGCACAGCGGCCUCCUCCUACUGAGGAAGAUGGCUAUGGGGUUUCUUGGUGCUGCAUAUGUGUGCAUGGUGCUGAUGAUAGUGAUGGUUGUGGCUUUAGUAUUGGGUGUGGGGGUGGUGAGAUUAUGGGUGGAAGAACCUGUUUCUAUUAGGGAAACUUUGCAUUUUGAUUAUACUGAUAUGCACCCAACUGCUGUCUUCCAUUUUGGUGGUGGCGCCACCAGAGGAGAAGGCGGUGGUGGUGUAGGCGGAGUGCCUGUUGGGCACACUUUUUAUGUGUCCGUGGUUCUUUUGAUGCCGGAAUCUGAUUACAACAGAGAUAUUGGAAUAUUUCAGUCGACUGCUGAAUUAAUAUCAACCAAAGGAGAUGUCAUGGUAAAAUCAAGUCGUCCUUGCAUGUUACACUUCAGAAGCCGGCCGAUUCGUCUCAUCAGGACAUUUUUUAUGGGCAUCCCCUUGUUAUUAGGGAUUGUAACUGAAACUCAAAGGAUUUCGAUUCCUAUAUUGAAGCACAAGGAAGGUUAUCCAAGAACAGAAAAAAUCAGAAUAACUUUGAUUCCUCGGGCCGGAACGUUGUUCCUUCCACAGUUUUAUGAUUCUGAGAUUGUCCUGAAUUCUCAGCUUCCUUGGCCAAAAGAACUGGUUUACAGAUGGAAAUGGACAUUUUACGUUUGGACUUCUUUAUAUAUAUACAUCUUGCUUGUAAUGCUGCUUCUUGUUUUUUUUAAGCCCCUCGUCCUUCCCGUUAUGGCUAUUCCUUUUGGCAAUGCUGGUGAGCAAAAUUCGUCCAUGGAAGUGUCGACAGAGCCACGAGUGGGAGUACGAAUGGAAAGGGAGGUGUCGGAGUCGGUGAAAAGGUGGCAGCGAAGCAGAAACAAAAGAAAGGCAGCACUGCUUCUGAUGCCCGAACCUAUUGGUUCAUCGGCUUCCAGCACUAUAAUAACCAGGGAAGAGACAGGAGCGAGUUUCGAGGAAGGUGCCGGAGAUUCUGAAUCUGUGUGUUUUAAAGGAUUUGACGAGUAG